AUCCGAGGUCCUUGCCGGCAAUUCCUGAACUCAGACGACUACAGUUCCCGGCAGGCCAUGCGGAGGAGCCUAAGGCGAUGGGUGGGGACACUUCUAGCCAAUAGUUAAAGAGUUCCCUGCCUUUGCAGGAGGUGAGAUGAAGAGAAAGGGUGCACGGAAAGCAGAGGAAGGGCGGGGUCAGCUCUCACCUGCGCCAAUCAGGGUGCAGGGUUGCCCCGCAGGCAACUCACCCAUUGUGGGGGCGGGCUAGCAGAGCAGAGGACGGAAGGGAGGGAGGGGCCCAAGGUGGGGAACGUGGGACUGCUUGUAUGGGUAUUCCGCGCGGGCUGAGAGGCAGCCGUGGGAAAGUCAUCUCGGCCAAGGGAAGGCGCGGUGUGGAGACGCGCCGCGGCCCGAGGAGCAGCUUCCUCGAGAACAGCCGAGUUCCAGGCACUCCGGGCUGCCGGAGCCGCGGGUCGGGGCUGGAUAGGCUGAGCUCGGGCUCUCCGCGGAGGCUCUUGGGCGGGGCUGGAGGCAGCUCCAGGUGUGAGGCCACCGAGUGAGGGGACAGGGGUCUCCAGGGACAGGCAGCGGCAGAAGAGCUGCAGAAGUGCAGGAGCGGGAGGUACCCGGGCAACGGCUUCCCGCCGCCUGCCGCCCCGGCUGCAGCAGGAACAGCAGGGGGAGGAGCAACAGCUGCCGAAUUCGCCAACUAGAGGAGGGGGAGGCGGAGCUUGGGUCCCUGUAGAAGCUGAAGGCGCCGCCUGGACUGUAGUUGCCCGGGAGAGACGAGAGCAAGAGCAGGAACAGAAGCUGAGCGCGGUCCUCGGAGCAUCAGCUCCAUCAUCCCGCGAGGGGUUGCAGGUGUGUGGGAGACUUAAAACUAUUCCAACAUGGCUCUCCUUGGACUUUUCUCUCUGCUGGUUCUGCAAAGUACGGCUUUAGGGGCCACCUUCCCUGAUGAAACCAUUGCUGAGUUGUCAGUGAAUAUGUAUAACCAUCUUCGAGUCACUGGGGAAGAUGAAAAUAUUCUCUUCUCUCCAUUGAGCAUUGCUCUUGCAAUGGGGAUGAUGCAACUUGGGGCCCAGGGAUCUACCCUAAAGGAAAUCCGUCAUUCAAUGGGAUAUGAUAGCCUGAAAAAUGGUGAAGAAUUUACUUUCUUGAAGGAGUUUUCUAACAUGGCAACUGCUGAAGAGAGCCAGUAUGUAAUGAAAAUCGCCAAUUCCCUCUUUGUGCAAAAUGGAUUUCAUGUCAGUGAUGAGUUUUUGCAAAUGAUGAAAAAAUACUUUAAUGCAGAAGUAAAUCAUGUGGACUUCAGUCAAAAUAUAGCUGUGGCCAACUACAUCAAUCACUGGGUGGAGAAUAACACAAAUAAUCUGUUGAAAGAUUUGGUAUCCCCAAGGGAUUUUGAUGCUGUCACUCAUCUGGCCCUUAUCAAUGCUGUCUACUUCAAGGGGAGCUGGAAGUCACAGUUUAGACCUGAAAAUACUAGAACGUUUUCCUUCACGAAAGAUGAUGAAAGUGAAGUCCAGAUCCCCAUGAUGUAUCAACAAGGGGAAUUUUAUUAUGGGGAAUUUAGUGAUGGCUCCAAUGAAGCUGGUGGUAUCUACCAAGUCCUAGAAAUACCAUAUGAGGGAGAGGAGAUAAGUAUGAUACUGGUACUAUCCAGACAGGAAGUCCCACUGGCUACCCUGGAACCACUGGUCAAAGCACAGCUGAUUGAAGAAUGGGCGAACUCUGUAAAGAAGCAAAAAGUAGAAGUGUACCUGCCCAGGUUCACAGUGGAACAGGAAAUUGAUUUAAAAGAUGUUUUGAAGGCUCUUGGAAUAACUGAAAUUUUCAUCAAAAACGCAAAUUUGACAGCCCUGUCUGGUGACAAAGAGAUUUUCCUUUCCAAAGCAAUUCACAAGUCCUUCAUAGAGGUUAACGAGGAAGGCUCAGAAGCUGCUGCUGCCUCAGGAAUGAUUGCAAUUAGUAGGAUGGCGGUGCUGUAUCCACAAGUUAUUAUCGACCACCCAUUUUUCUUUCUUAUCAGGAACAGGAGGACAGGUACAGUCCUCUUCAUGGGACGAGUCAUGCAUCCUGAAACAAUGAACACAAGUGGACAUGAUUUUGAGGAACUUUAAAUCAUUAUAUUUAAAUAGCAAGGAAAUCAGUAACUAAGCACAUUAUGUUUGCAACUCGCAUAUAUUUAAGAUUUGUGUUUCACAGUGUAUCUUAAGAUAAUAUUUAAAAUAGCCCUGGAUAAAAACAACAAUGUAUGUAAAUUAUAAACCAACUUUGUCAAGGAAUGUUAUCAGUAUUAUUAAGAUAAUGAUCCUAUUAUGUCACUGUGUUUGUUGUGCUGGUAUUUAAAAUAAAAGUACAUAUUGAACAUGUGAACAGCUUUGUUUU